CAUCAGUUCACGCCCUCACCAAUCGAUCAAUUAAAUGUCGGCGACGACUUCUUGCCUUCCUCUUUUAUCACCAAUCGAUCUCCGCCCCACUCAAUCCACUCUCUCCGCCUCUCUUUUCCCGAUCCAAAUCCACAACCGAAGAAAGGCAGCAGCGAUGGAAGGCCUCGUCAAAGGCUUGCUGAACGUGGCCCUGGACGCCAUUGGCGGCGACGACGGCGAAGACUCGCGGCGUCAGGGCGAGGAGCGCUCCAGAUCCACUUGGGCCCAGGUGGUCUCCUCCGGGGAUGCAGAGGGUGAGGGCGACUCCGGCUGCCGCCGAAACCAAUCGGGCGCCAGAAAGGCGAGCGGCGAAGGAAAUGAUGGAGACUGGGAGACCGUAAGCGGUAGGAGGAAGCAUCCGCAGGAGGAUUCACGGAAGAGACCUCAAAAGAGUUGGCAGGUACCAGCAGAAACCUGGAGUACAUACAAAAAACAUCCUGAUGAGCAAGAGUAUAUGGCUCAUACCCAGCAUGCUGCAAAUGUGGAACCAACAAGAGAGGAGCUUCAUGACCUCUCAAAAGCAUGCAGUAGAUUGUGGGAACUUGAUUUAAAUCGAUUGGUUCCUGGCAAAGACUACGAGAUCGAGUGUGGCAGAGGGAAAAAAGUCUAUCAAGAAGAAGACAUGGCACAAGGCAGCCUCUUCACUUGGUUGAGUGAUUCGGUCCUAAGACAACCCACUUAUUCUAGGUUUUGUUCUCUUCUUGAUAACUACAAUCCAGAUGAACGGUGCAGAGAAGUGGUCACCUCAGAAGAGAAGCAUGAGCAAGUUGCAUUUAUUGAGGAAAUUAGCAGGACUGCACCAAUCAAGUAUCUUUAUCACUAUCUAGUUUCCAAGGAAAUUAUAACUGAAAAUUUUGAGCAGUUCAAGAGAAUGAUGACCAGCUUAUGGUUCGAUUUGUAUGGUCGAGGUGGAGUUUCCGGUUCUUCAUCAGCCUUCGAACAUGUAUUUGUUGGAGAGAUCAAAAGGAAGGAAGAGAAAGAGGUCUCUGGGUUUCACAACUGGACUCAGUUUUAUUUGGAAGAGGCUAAAGGAACAGUCAAUUACCAUGGUUAUAUUCUACCAAGAAGACGCGGUGAAUGUCCAGAUUCCGAGACCCAAGUGCUAUCAAUUCAGUUCGAGUGGAACGGCAUUCUGAAAUCUGUCUCCACUGUUCUUGUUGGAGUGAGCCCAGAAUUUGAGAUUGCUCUUUAUACUCUCUGCUUCUUUGCUGGUGAAGAAGACAACCAUGUUCAGCUAGGCCCUUAUUUUGUCAAUAUAAAGUGCUACCGACUGGGAAGGGACAAGAUUGGAUCUGCAUUUCCCAUUGCUGAAAAUUAAUUAUGGGAUUUUCUAUGGUGUCAAAUGAUUACAUUAGAGCUUAUUAUUGAGUUUUAAUAUUCUAAUUAUGUGAAAAGAACAAAGUUUUAUUAAUUAUUUCAUGGUUCUUGCAAUAAAUUGUAUAUUGUUCCUGGACUCCUAUGAAUUUGAGAACAAUUUAAUUUGAAGCGUGUUUCUUUCA